AUGGAGAGAGAGCAGCCGAGCAGCCGGGGGCAGGAUUUAACCCUUACUCAAAAGGCACCGGAGGGCAGAGCCGGUUCCCGCUAUGAGGUGAAAAUCUUCCGGGCCCUGAUCCUCGGGGAACUGGAGAGAGGACAGAGCCAGUUCCAAGCACUCUGCUUUCUCACCCGCCUCCACCGCAAUGAGAUUAUCCCUAGCGAGUCCAUGGCCAAACUGCGACAGAAAAACCCCCGAACGGUACGGCAGGCAGAGGAGGUGCGCGCCCUCGAGCAUCUUAGCAUGGACGUUGCAGUCAACUUCAGCAAAGGGGCUCAGCUGAGCUCACACAUCCACAACGUCUGUUCGGAAGCCAAGGAAGCCAUUUACACACGGGAAGAGGAUGUGAAGUUCUGGUUGGAAAAAGGAGUGGACGGCUCCAUGUUCGAGGUCCUGCCCCAGUCUGCCGACCUGCCUGACUUGCAGCGCUGCCGGGUCUGCUCAGACCGCUGGAAGUCCUGCAUCUGCAGCUACUCGCUGAGCAUCGAGUGGUAUCCCUGCAUGCUCAAGUACUGCAAGAACCGUGACGCCACCGGGAAGGUCUCCUCGUACAAGUGUGGCAUCCGCAGCUGCCAAAAGGGCUACAGCUUUGACUACUACGUGCCACAGAAGCAGCUUUGCCUGUGGGACGAGGAGACCACUUAGCAGGAGAGCUGGGGGGCCAUUUUGGUGCACUUUGCUGGUGCCUCCACGUGUCCCCGGACUGCACAAGCAAGAUGGCUGCCUGGAAGAGGAGAAAAGGGGGCGGGGAAGACCCCGGGGCACUCAAUUUCAUGAAGGCUUGGUGCAAGUGAGCCUGGCGUCUUGGCGC